AUGGAUCGAAGAGACGCAAUGGGUUCUUAUUACAUCCAAAGAGGCAUGCCUGGUUCUACUCCUCCUCCUCCUCCACAGACACAACAACAACAGCCCUUUCAUGGAUCACAAGGGUUUCACCAUUUCUCAAACCCCAACUCUCCUUUCCUCUCAACCCCAAACCUAAACCAAGUAGGCGGCGGCGGCGGCGGCGGCGGCUCUACUCCCUUCGUGUCUCCUCCUUUACAAGUUGAGUCUUCUCCUGCUGACUCUUCUGCGGUUGCUCCUCCUCAGUCUGGUGAGAAGAGGAAGAGAGGACGGCCUAGGAAAUACGGACAAGACAGUCCUGUUUCCUUGGCAUUGUCUCCUUCAGCCUCCACUUCCCCGAAUUCUAACAAACGUGGCCGUGGUAGACCUCCUGGUUCAGGCAAGAAGCAAAGACUUGCUUCCACUGGUGAAUUAAUGUCUUCAUCGUCUGGGAUGAGCUUCACACCGCAUGUAAUUGCAGUUUCCGUUGGUGAAGACAUUGCAUCAAAGGUUAUGGCUUUUACGCAGCAAGGUCCAAGAGCAACUUGUGUGUUAUCUGUUAGUGGUGCUGUCUCUACUGCAACUAUCCUUCAGCCAUCACCAUCUCCAUCUCAUGGAGCUAUUAAAUACGAGGGUCGUUUUGAGCUCUUAUCUCUCUCAAUAUCAUAUGUGAACGCACCUGACAAUGACAACUCUAACCGCACUGGAAACCUAUCAGUCUCACUCGCUAGCCCUGAUGGUCGUGUCAUUGGUGGUGGAAUUGGAGGGCCUUUGAUAGCAGCAAGCCCUGUUCAGGUUAUAGUUGGGAGCUUCCUUUGGGCGGUUCCAAAAGGGAAGGUUAAAAAAAGAGAUGAAACUUCUGAAGAUGUGCAACAAGACACUGAAGCGUUGGAGAACAAUGACAACACAGCACCAACUUCACCUCCUCCUGUUCCUCAACAAAGCCUAGUCCAGACUCCUGUAGGGAUGUGGUCAACUGGUUCAAGAUCAAUGGAUAUGCAUCAUGCUCAUAUGGACAUUGAUCUAAUGCGUGGAUGAUGAUUCAUAUGUGUAGUAGAUCAAGCAUUGAAUCUAGGAGAAGAAGAAAAGCUAACCUCUCUAAGGAAAAUGUCUUUUGGUUAAUGUUUAGGACAAGAAAAGACUUGUAGUGAUUUUCAGAACUCAUGUGUGUUCUUUAGCUUUUGGAUUCUUGAUUGAAUUGCAAAAAGUUUCAUCUGUUUCAUACUUCCUCCUUUCG